AUGGCCAAUGCAACCCCCUUGCUCUCCCAAUCUGAGUUAUCUCAGCCUCUUUCACCAUCUAGUUCGAUAGAGUCUGAAACGCCAAGCGUUGAGAAAGUGCUUCCUUCCCUCGAUGAGUUCAUCGAGCAAAGCAUAGGAGGCUUUGCAUGGGCACAGUUGCUACAUGCCAUCCUUGUAUCUUUGGCAUGGUUGUUUGAUGGGCAACAAACAUUCAUCUCCAUCUUCACUGACGCGGAGCCAACAUGGCACUGCAAUCAUCUCAGUACUGAGGAUUGCAACUCAGGUUCCAACAUUUGCCUACUGCCCAAGACCGCAUGGGAGUGGGACAAGCCUGCAUACACAUUUUUCAUAUCAGAAUGGUCGCUUGAAUGCGUCAAUUCGAUCAUCAAAGGCCUGCCUGCUACCUCUUUCUUCAUGGGGUGCUUGCUUGGUGGAUUUCUUCUAGCUCCAGUGGCGGACUCAUCAUUUGGCCGUAAGAACAUGCUAUUCCUCUCAUGUCUCACUAUGUCUGUCGCAGCGCUUUUAACUGUCUUCUCUACCAACAUUUGGAUGUACUCAGCAUUAAGAUUUAUCAGUGGUUUUGGGAGGGCAUCAAUUGGAGCUUCCGCCCUUGUGUUAUCAACAGAAACAGUUGGAAAUGCUUGGCGUGGCCAAGUGGGGACCAUCGGCUUUCUCUGUUGCACCCUAGGGUUUCUGUCAUUGCCAGCUAUGGCUUAUAUGAAUAGGAGCUCCUCAUGGAGACUUCUCUACGUAUGGACUUCCAUUCCAGCAAUUUUCUACUGCCUUUUAAUCCGUUUCCUAGUCUGCGAGUCUCCAAGAUGGCUUUUCAUGCAAGGGCGGAAAGAAGAAGCAUUAGCAACACUGGAAAAACUAGCACCCAUGGAGAAUAAUACAAGUUUAAAGUCUUUAGACUUGUGUCUAUCAGGGGCAUUGCUCAAACAGGAAAAGAUGAAGAUGAAUCUUCAUUUAUCAAUCAAGAUGUUGCUGGAGAAAAGAUGGGCUUCUCGAAGAUUACUUGCAGUUAUGGUAAUUGCAUUUGGGAUUGGAAUUAUGUACUAUGGCAUGCCAUUGGGGGUCGGAAACUUAGCAUACAAUCUCUAUUUGAGUGUGACGCUUAACGUCUUGGCUGAGAUGCCCUCAUCAUUGAUCACCAUGUUCUAUAUAGGUAAAUGGAGCAGGAGAAGCUCAGUGCUGGCUUUGACCACCAUCAGUGGGGUGUCUAGUAUAAUGUGUGUGGUGGUAGGCCAUGGAAUGAAGGAAUUGCAGGUGGGGCUGGAGCUGAUAUCCUUCUUCUGCGCCUGCACCGUCUUCUCUGUGUUAAUGAUAUACACACUUGAACUGUUCCCAACUUGUGUGAGGAGCUUGGCGGUAGCCAUGGUGAGGCAAGCGCUCAUGUCCAGCGGCACGGUCAGUACAAUAUUGAUUGCUGCGGGGAAGACGAAUGCGUUUUUGUCCUAUGGAGUUUUUGGGUUGUUGAUUUUGUGUUGUGGGUUGUUUGUGGUUUGUUUGCCGGAGACAAAGGGCUUGUCUCUUUGUGAUACCAUGGAAGAACAAGAGCACAAGGAGGCCAAUGCAUGCUGA